AUGUCAAAUAGUUAAGAAAAAGAGUAAGAGCUAAAGGAGAUCCGCAGAGAAAUGCUCAAGGAUGCAGAAAACCACGCUCAAAAAUAAAGGUUUGGACUGUUCUCGUCUCCUGUUCCUUUGGCUUUGGGCGACGACAGCAUGGAGAUGAGGAAGAGACCUCAAAGAGGAGAGAACGGCAAGCCUAUAACGGAGCCGUCCAAUAUGAAGGUUAGCGCUACUCGGACGGGCAGAAUCAGAUCUUCGUAUUUCGGACCUUUGAGUUUCACAACAGUUGGGGAUCCAUACAAAGAUCCAGAAUAAGUGCUUGCACAUUAUGAGAAGGAACAAAAGAAGCUGUGUAAUAAGGAGGCUCCAUUCAAGCCUCCCUCGGGUUAUAAGGAAUUGAUGGGGAGUGCCUACUAGCACAUGAAGGAAUACGAUUUCAAGAAGGUGGAGAGCAGAAAGCAAUCUGACGGUCGUGUGUAUUCUGCACCUCGGAAUGUUACAACGAACCCGAGAUGCAAGGUGCUGGACAAAUCCAUUCACCUACAUCAUGGACGAUUACAAUAGAUAUAGCGAUUUUGA